AUGCCCGCCGAUAUUGCCGGAGGCCUGGUAAUAGCCAAAUUUGGCAGAUACAAGCCGACAAUGGUAGCCGGUUACGCAUUGCUGUCCAUUGGAGUAGGCUGCUUGACGCUCCUAGACGGAAACUCGUCCACGGUGAAAUGGGUUAUCUUCCAAUUGAUCUGCGGUACUGGAGGCGGAUUGGCUUUGACUGCGACGCUCCCCGCGGUCCAGGCGCCGUUGCCCAUUCCGACGUUGCGAUCGCUACAGCGAGCUGGGCCUUCGUUCGGAGUUUCGGUUCUAUUUGGGGGCGCAGCCAUUCCCGCAGCUAUAUUCAACUCGCGUGUCGACUCCUUGCUGCAUAAAGUCAGCGAUUUGGCGAUUCGGGAGCAGCUUCGGCGCGGCGGAGCGUAUGAGCAUGCAACGGCCGCCUUCAUCAGAUCAUUCGAUAACAACCCUACGACGAAGUCCAAGCUCAUCAACAUCUACACUACAAGCAUCAAGGAGUCUUGGCAGGUUCUCAUUGCUUUUACUGUCAUUGCAGUGCCCAUUGCCUGCUUUAUGAAAGAGGUUCCUCUGCGAAAAGAACUGGUCACUGAAUUUGGACUGGUCGAGGACGGCGAGGAAGGGGAGGUUUCGGGGCAGGAUGGUAUCGAACUCGCAGCCAGAGUGACUGGAGUUGAUCGGAGCUGGCUAUACAGCGACAUUAUAAAACUUUGUAAAAUUAUUCAAUAG